UCAGUGUUUUUACACAAGCCAAUAUUUUUGAUCGGUUAGCUGUGACAGUUUGGGUGCAGCGAUUAGACGGGACAGGUGAGACAGGUGAGAGUGUUUGCAGUGUGAUCACCUCUGCUUCAUUCCUUGGUGAGGUGUUGAAUGACUGAUCAGACAGGCUUUCUUGUUCUCUGAGAGCCGAUGAAGGUCCUGGGACCUGGAUCCUGCAGUCAGUCUCAUCGCGGCUGCCGCAGGUGGAGUCCAGCUCGCUGAUGUGACGCGAGGCUCGCCGCUACACGACCGCAGGACGUUCACACCGACGUGUGACGCGGCGCUUUUACAAACGACGUGCAGAAAAAUACAAGAAGAAAGAGGAGACGAUUGGAGCUGCGAGGUUCAGGUUAUCGACGAGUUCGCGAUUAUUUAUCUGAGUGAUCAGUCGGUCGUUCAGUUGUGAAAUCAGUCACGUCUGAGAUUAAUUAGAGUUUACUGCAGAUAUUGAUUAUCUCUGAUCGAAGUUAAAAUGUCCUCACGGUUUAUUUAUUUAUAUAUUUAGUGUUUUGUCUGAGUCCAUAAAGAUAUUAGAUUUAUCAUCACAGAAGACGAAAAGCACUUUUUGCUUAACAGAAAUAGUUUGGAAACGAUGGACAGUAAAAUCAAAUGUCCCGUGCACAUCACAGAGCUGUGAGACAAAGUGUUUUGAACACGUACAGUCAACAUCGUCCCCAGUCAGAGUGUUUGUUGUCCAUACCUGCAAACACAGGAAACGAAGGCUUAUGAUUGGCUGCUGGACGUCCUGCAGCCAUGAAAAGUUCAGUUGUGUCCAAACGUCUGUGAGGCAGCAGGACGAGGUUUCCCGAUCGAUGAGCUGCGUAGAAGACAAACAGACGUCCGCCGUGUUGUUUUCAUCUGAAGUCACGUCAGAGUCAGUCAGUUUGACCCCUCUGGGCUCCUGUUAGACUUUGUCCCUGCUGGAUGUAGUACUCUGUCGCUGUGAGCCAAUCAAAUCACAGGAAAACACAGUAUCACCAGGACAUGUUCAUGAGGACACGCUGCCAGUGUGUGUCAUUUUGUUUUGAGACAAAAUCUCAUCUGAGACAACAAUUAUCAUGCAAGUGUGUGGCGGUUUGCACCAAUCAGAGCACACCUGAGACGGCGCCGUGCCCGUUAAGUGAAGCCUCUUGGUCAUAUUUCUGACCAAUGACAGUGCAGCUUGCUCACCUUAGAGGCGCUUCUGAACAUGAACCCGAAGGAACACGUGCGACAACCAAAUCAAAUCCAGGCAAGCAAACUGCUGAACUGAUCACAGAUCUACAGAUGUCAGAUCUGAUUACAUUCUGCAUCUGAUCGCUCGGCCGCAAGAGAAUCGCUCAGUGGUCCUCCUGGCCGGAAGGGGGCGCUGUAGCACCUGAAGCUGUUUGGUUAGUGACCGAAACCCCAGAAGAAGCCCUGCGCGCGAUGCAGUUUAAUCAAAACAGCCGAACACAAGUUAAGUCAAACCAGCACUUGGACAAAAGUUUGAACUGCGAGCGAGACUAAAUUUUUGUAUUUUCCAUCCAAAUUCUAAGUAAAGCCUCUAAGUGUUCGCGUAAUCACCGAACCCGACGUGUAGCUGCGGGGUUUCCGGUCGGCCUCCAUUUUGGCGUCACUCUUCAGGUUUUGUUGGGCGGGUGGUUUGUUCAAAUCCACCAUGUGGCCAUCGUGUAGGUGAGUCACUCAGGUAAACGGGACUUUGUUGCACACAUUUGUCCACAGUGGUGAAGUGACUGUCGGCUCGACAGGUUCCUCUUUUUAUCUUUAUUUCUGUGUGGCGGGAAAAUCACUGGAGGGAAGGGUCGCUUAUUUUCUUCUUUAGCUGCAGUUUCACGGCGAUAAAGUGCGUGUUGUGAAUGAAAAGACCUUAAAUUAUUAGCAAACAUGAAACGCAACGAGCAGGACCAUAAGUGCAGAACUUUGUACAUGUCAGCUGGGGGUGAAGCCCGCAGCUCUCGGCCUGUUUUGGUUUUUAAAAUAUUUAUUGUGUCUCACUGUGUUUUGUGGUACAUUAUUUUGUAAAGAAGUUGCACAGAUUGAAAGCGUGUGUCGUCUGCCGACAGGAAGCUCUCAGUCCUGCCUCUGUAAUGUUGAUCGGCUCUGGCCAUGAAAUGAAUUACGUUUUUAUUUGGUGCUUCAUCAUGAUAUUUUUCAUUACACAGCUGCUUGCCGUCUGCUCUCUCGGCUCUGAUCUGCUGACGGACUCCAGAACAUUCAGGAAUGGGAGGGGGAAGACCGAAACUCCUUUCAAAAAUCUUCCCGUUUAAGGAGAACAUUUUAACAGAAAGUCAGGUGGAGGACAUCGAGUCUGAGCUGACAAACAGACGGAAGAGUCUGAAGCUGCUGGACAUCCUGCCAAGCCGCGGACCCCGAGCCUUCGACUCGUUCCUGCGGUCCCUGGACGAGUUCAGCUGGGUCAGAGACAAGCUGCUGGUGGAGCUCCAGAGCCGACACCGAACCGGCUCCACAGACGUCUGGCGGCUUCCUGACUCGGUUCUCCUGAGGGUUCCUUCGGACCGGGAGUUGUCCCGGCUGGCGUCUCACCUCGGUGCUGAAUGGGAGUCAGUCCUGGUGGAUCUGGGUCUGUCUGCGGAGGCCGUGUUUCGCUGCAGGUCCGAUCACGCUCUCAGCACUCAUGCGGCGGUUCUGGCCGGUCUGGUUCAGUGGAGACAACGUGAAGGGAAGAAGGCCACCGUUCAGAGACUUCUGCAGAGUCUGAGGGCUGCAGACGUCCAUCCGUCAGUCCUGCAGGACGUCCUGGUGUGAGGGAGAAAGGCUCCGUCUGGACACAUCUGUAAUCAGCCCUCAGACUUUCAGGAUGUUCUGUACCUGCUGGAUGUGAUUAGACUCCAGUCUGCAGAUGAGCCGAAGCACAGCGAAGAUCCUCAAAGCCUUUUGGUUCCGGUCCUGAACCUGGUCCGACGUUGGUAGUCGAGUCUCCGGUCGCGUAAAUCUGAUUCCUGUUUCAUUUGGUGCGUGAAAACAGGUUUGAUGUUUGCGGACGACGCAGGCAGAGCAGAAUGUGGCAGGAAACCGGCAGGAACAGUUUGCGAACCUCUGAAGUAAUCGAUCGGCACAUCAAUCAAAAAGGAGCAGCAGAGAGUUUGAUGUGCUGCUGGGAGGACGUUGAUGGGGAGGAAAAAUCACAGACUGUUCCUUUAAUCCAGACUCACUGAGGGUUACAUUAAACUACACACACACACACACAGUAAAGAUGGCCGCUCUCUCUCUGUCUGGGCUUCAUUAAUUCCUUAACAGCCUGCAGAGCUUCAGUUCCUGCUGACUUUCUGUUGGGGCUUUUAAGGUGGACCGACAAGAUGCACAAACGGAUCUGGAGCUCCUUCGUAAAACUUCGCCUGAAGAUUCGCCUGUGCAGACUUCAAUUUAUUCAGAGUACAAACGUCCAGCAGAGGCUCUGCAGUGACGAUCAGACGAUUGUUCUCCAGAAACAUCGUUAGCUUAGACGAGUCUGCCUGCUGCAGAGGCUCAGGACGUCCUCACUGGUAGACAGACGUGAAGAAGACACACAGAACGAGGAGUGUGUGUGUGUGUGUGUCCGUCCUCAUGUGAGUCCGCCGAGCUUCGUGUCCUCAGUCUUUCCCACAAACAAACUGCUGACCGGGGAGACGUUUUCCUGCCCCGACACAAACCGGCGGCUCUUUGACUUCUGAAAACUUCAUCACUGACGAGGCCUUCAGUUCAGCUAAACUUUCUGCACAAAACAGUCAGAGAAGUACCAGUACUGCAGUGUAAAAACACUCAGUACUCAUGCUAAGUAGAAGUCCAUGUGUCCAAGUACUGCAGUACUUUGAGCUACUUCAUAUACAGUCAGGCCCCCCAAAGGACCACCGGAUGAAUGUGUGGGGUCAUCACAUAAUUAGUGGGAGAGAAGAAGAACCAGUUGAGUUCUAACAUCAGUUUUCAGUCUUCAGUGAAGUAUUGAUCAUUGAACAGUUAUUGAAAUGAAGCAGUGAGAGAAGUGCCUUGAGCUCUCACUGUGCUGGACUUCAUGUUCAUGUUCAGUAUCUGUGUGUCAGUGCUGCCCCCUGUGGCCACAGAGCAGCUAACACCCAAUUUAAACAACACAAAGGUGAGCUGCUUCGUUGUUUAAGUAGGAGUUCGGAGGACCGACGCACAUCAAAAAGGAAUAAUACAGAGAGAAAUAUGCCUUUAUAUGCCAAUAUUAAACAUGCCAUUAAUAAAUAAAUGUGACACGUUGAUGUUAGC